GCAGCACUGCUUAAAUAAAAAAUUCUAAAUGGUAACACGAGUCACUGUCCGUCUAGCUGUAGCUGUCAUCCGAUAACAUUUUAGAUUUUGGGUGUUGCGUCAUCGAUCUAGAUAAAAAUGUCGAACAAAGUGUUUCCCGUUGUUAGGGCUGAAGAGGAGGAGGAAGAAGAACUCGUAGAUCCACAGAAAGAAUUGAGAGACCAAUGUGGUCAGAAACCAGAUGCUCAGAAUAUGUGGUCGAAAUAUCAAGAGUGUAAUGACCGUGUCAACUCCAGGACUAACACUGCAGAAACCUGUGAAGAGGAACUCAGGGACUAUCUACAUGUUCUGGACCAUUGUGUGAACAAAGAUCUUUUCAAAAGAUUAAAGUAGGAUUCUAUAGAUUUAUUUUAAAACCACUUUAAUAUCGCCAUAGCCAAAAAUCUUUAAGCUUGUUUCAUCAAUGAAUGGGUGAAAAUAUUUUUUUUUAGGGUGGAAUGUAGAUUGUUAAUAAAUUAUUUUACUGGAAAUAAAGGAUUGUCAUUGUUAGA